GAUAGAUGGCAAAGGUUGGUUGAAGCAGCACCAUUACAUGGGCCACUACAUUAUCAUUCCGAGUACCUCGAAUGGUAUAGACGAGUUUCUCGUCGAUGGAUAUCGCAUCGUGGUGCAGCUAUUGGCACUGUGGAGGAUGGUAUCGAGAAUAUACAUUUAAUUAAUCGACAGUUUCCUAAUCUGGGCACAGAUCUUAUUGAAAGACAAACAACAACAAUGUUCUAUGCCAUGGAAGAAGAGAAACGAAUAACAGAGAUACCUCCACCACAGCCAGCACCUCGGGCGCAACCUAUGCCAGAUGACCCUGAAGAGCUUGUUCACCCGCCGAGGAGGCCUAGGCGUAGACGUAGCUCUCGCCAACAAGCUGAUCCUGAUGUACAUACUACUGUCCCGGCAAAUGUCAUCAUUCCGGAACCCGUUUCAUUCCACACUCAUCGAUCAUUUGGUGAGAUUGGACAGUUUUCAGCAGGUCCUAGUGUUCCACAAGAAGGUGGAUCACAAUAUACUACGCGGACACAUGGUAGUUAUAUGCCACCACCUCAUAUAACCCCAACACAGUGGUCCUUCCAGCAGGUUGGUAUUCAAGAUAAUCCAUUUCAGAUGUAG